AAACAUGGACGCUACAUCAAAGUGCUGCUUGUGAGGCUUGUUGGGGGUAACUGUGUGUUUCUGGUUUCUGGUGUGUGUGACAUUGAUAUCCAUCAUGAUAACUCCUGCAUUUGACCUGAGCCAAGAUGCUGAGUACUUGAUCCUCAGCAUCCGUGUGCCCUACACCAGAACAUCAGAGUUUGACCUUUUUAUUGACGGCACAGAUUUCAAGUUUUAUGCGAAACCCUACUUUCUUAGAUUAACUCUCCCUGGAAGGAUAGUGGAAGAUGGAAGAGAAAAGGCUGUAUUUGACAUUGAUAAAGGUCUUUUCACUCUUCGGGUCCCUAAGGAGACAGCUGGAGAGCACUUCGAAGGCCUCCAGAUGCUGACGAGUCUCCUUGCUCCCAAAGGAGCCCGUUCAGCAAAACCACUGGUUGAAGAAAUCAGCACAGAUGGCGGCGAAGGUGUGGGAGAUGAUGAGGAGGAAGACGAUGAAGAAUUUGACUGGCAGGUUGAGCAGGAGGUGUACACGGAGAGCUCUGAAGAGGAGCUGAGAGCCCUGCAGAAAUACGGCUUUGGCAAUCAGAGAUCUGGAGUGUUUGCCAGAUUACAGGAGGAGCUCAGUGAAGUGAUUGAUGUCAAGAACCCAGAAGGAACAACGGUAGCAGAGAGGAGGCAGGCCCGGUUGGAAGCAGAGACAUCAGCCUUCUCUCCUGACCAUUACCUGGCUGAUUUGUUUGAGGACGAUGAGAUACAGAGGCUGCUGAAGUUUAAACCGUGGUGGGCGAAGCUGAGUCCUUCUACAGACCAGGAAGGAGAAGCUGCUAUAUCGUUCACCGACGACGAGAAGGAGCAGCUGAGAAAAUUCACCAACCGCUCCUACCUGCUGGACAAGGCGUCCCGUCACCAAGCGUGGCUCGGCCUGACGGACAUCCUGCUGGCUUAUUCCUACGAAACGCGCUCGACGGAGGGAGAGCACAAUGUGGAGUCUCCAUGGACUAUCAGAAAACUCAGCGGGACUCUCUGCUGGCUCGAGACAUACAACUCCUUACAAGAGGUCCUGGUGUCAUUUGGACGGAGGGUUUUAUGCUACCCACUCUACAGACACUUUGCCAUGGUCUCUGCGGCUGUUCGUGACACAGCUGUGAUCCUGCAGUCAGGGAAAGCCUGCGUCCUCAAAUGCCUGCUGGAUAUUCACAGAGUCUUCCGACAGAACGACCCAGCCUACAUACUGAACGACCUGUACAUCACAGACUACUGCAUCUGGAUCCAGAGGGUCAAGUCCAAGAAGGUGACAGACUUGGGCGCCACAUUAAAAAAAGCCUCCCUGCUGAAAAAAGACUUGGAGCUGGAGCUAGAGGAGCUAGAGGAAGCAGCGACAAUGGUGGUUGAGGAGCAAGAGGAGCAAGAGCAAGAGGAGAGGCAGGGAGCUUACAGGAGCGCUCCAAUACCCGGCGGUGACAGCAGCAGCUAUUCCAGUGACAGCAGCAGCAGCAGCAGCAGUGACUCGUCUGAUGAAAGCGAGGAAUCUGAUGCUGAAGGGCAGGGCUGCACCGACUCCAAAAAAGGAGGAGGAGGAGAGACGUUUAAGGACAACCCUCUCCAGCAGCACCCCACCAGCACCACCGCUGCUGCUGCUUCUCCUUCUCCCAUCCCCCAGGAGCCCACAGUCACAUUCCUGUCAGCGGGGAGUAAAGUGGAAGCCCUCCCCUCAGCCUCGGAAAGCUCCAGACAGCUGAUCCAAGAGCUGGGGGAACGGGUGGCAGAGGAGAUGAGAAUCUCCCAAGACUUGCAUUCCAGCCGUAAAGCAGAGGGGAACUGUUCACAGCUGAGCGGCGGCGCAGCAGAGACUGAAGGAACAUCAGCGAUGAGCAGCAGCAGCAGCAGUGGGACUUUAUUAGAGCCGAGCCCUCGCAGGAACCCUCUACUCAUCGUCCAGACACAGGAAGAUCCAGAUGAGAGUAUCUUCAUCUGUGGAAAUGGAACUUAAAAUGCUACCUGAUGAAUUUUGAACUGUAAACUCCAUGUAGGUGAUGUAACAUGUUUCUAAAUUUUGUAACUGCUUCAUUUUAUGAUAUCAAAAUUUGUAUUACUUUAACCCCCCUCUAAAGCUACUUAUUUCAUGAUCAAUGAAUUGGUAAACUUGCUAAAGCAUCAUUAAAAUAAUUUUUAUAUUAACAUGGCUGUUUCUUUAGUUGAUCUAAUGUCAGUAGAAGCCUCCUCCUCCUUCUUUUCAUCUUCAUUUUCUUUCUGUCUCUUCCCUUAUGUCUGAUUUUGUUGCUACGGCUCUAUAUCCAAGCCGCCUACUCUCCAUACUAUCAAUUUUUCUCUCUCUUAACAUACUGUUUGAUUUUAUAUAAAUAAUUUCUUCUUCAUUUUAAUAAUUGAGAGUAAUUCACCAGUGUUUGUGAAUUCAGUACACUGUCAUCUGCUAAUACUGGAGAAGUUUUCUAACAUCAUGUUUAAUUCUAUAUACAUUUAUGCAAAUGAACAGAUACAAUCUCUGUACGUGCUGGCCUCAAAUAAACAAAACAAGAAUUCCAAGAAGCAGAGGAAACAUUCGUCAUUGUUCAUUGUUGGAUGUCAUUCAGUCAAAGUGCCUGGCAGAGCUACUUUAAAGCCUGCUAUUCUUCUCCUAAUAUAAAGUAGGGAAAAGUACUAACCCCCUUUUCCUAAAGCCCCGGCAUUGAUUGAAGUGGAAAAGAGUCUGUCGGCACUAAACAGGGCCACGGAGCACGCUGGAGUGAUUGAUUCAUCUGGCAUGAAUGGCGGAGCGCCGUCGACACAGCUCAAUAUCAUCGGGGCGCGUCUAGCAGGCGAGAGAAAACAAACAAGGAAGCA